UCGCCAGUGUGAGAUGAAGCGCGGUGAGGAGUGUGUGCUGGCCUUCAAUGUGGUGCUCUUGGUAUUUUGCAACAUAUGAUGUAGUAUUGAACAUCACGGGAGUCAAGGAGUGAGUGAAGUGAGUGUUAGCCAUGCAGGUAUGUGGUAGCCAGUGUUGAGUGUGUAGCAGGCGCCGGGAGGGUGGCUGGCGUGUGAGUGGGCACCCGCCGCCACCGCCUACUCUGCUCAAUCUGCCAUUCAAAGCGACGGAUUAAAAGAAAAAAAAUUAUUAACUCCUGAGUGAUCUAACCUGAGAAGAUUGACCUGACCCUGGCCCACAGGUCGAGGCGCACGGGUCUGGACACCAGCAGCAGCAGUAGAAACAGCAGCAGCAGCAGCAGGAGGCAGAGCGGGGCCUGGCGGGCGUAGCGUGACUGACACCGGCCACUGUUGGUGCCGUCAUGAGUGUUGGUAGGACGCACGCGUGACGCCCGCCGCCUCAUGUCCGCGGCGGAGGGCGGCGCGGGGAGCGGCGGCGGAGGUGGCGGUGGCGGCGGCGGGAGCGGCAGUGGCGGCGGGGACUCCACCAUUCCCUUCAUUGACGAUGACAGCGGGUCGUCCGCCUCGUCGUCGUGCGCCUCCUCGGUGCUGGGAGAUGACGACGACUCUGCCUCCUUGAGCCGCGUGCUGGACGACGCCGCCUCCCGCGAGCUGAGCAUCAACGGCCUCCACGACGACCUCACGUCGCUCUCCUGUGGCUACACGUCCCUCGAGGCCCACAGCGACGCCCGCAGCCGAAGCAGCAGCGGCGAGGAGUCCCAGGCUAAGUCCCGGGCGGGGUCCGAGCGGUGGUCGUGGCGGCGAUCCUCGGGCGGCUCGCACAGAACCUCUAAGUCCAGUAUCAAGUCCACAGACAACCUGGACGAGGAGCAGCGUGCCCAGGAGGCCCAGCCCUCCCUGCCGCCCUCCCUGCCCCCUUGCGACACCUGCGAGGAUCGCUCCUCCACCUCUUCCUCCUGCUUCACUGCCACCUCCUCCUCUGUGCUAUCCUGCACCACCUGUGCCGCCGAAAGUGAUGCAGCGGCACCCCACCACGAAGCAGACCCCCCUCGCCUCCAGGCUGCCGCCGCGAGUCCAGAAGCCGACUCCUUGCACCCGCAGGCCGAUGCGCUCACUGCUGAGGCCAACACUCUGCCUCCCGGACACGAUGUGCCCCCGUGUGAGGCGGGUGUGGUCUGCCCUGAGGCGGCUGUCUCUGUCAAGCACCCCGUGGAAGCCCCUCGUGAAGCCCCAUCAAAAGAGUUUCCACCCACAGUCCCGACGCCCGGUGGUCCAGGACCCUCACCUGGCCUGAGCAACGGCCAGAUGACGCCCCAGGCUCGCCUCAGCUUCCUGGGACAGGAGACGUGGCCGCCAGGAGGCCCCGGCCCGGAGUUGUUGGUUCCGCUGGUGACGUCCACGCCUCAGACCAGCGGCGCGGGCCGCCCCACGCCCCACCACUACAUCUCCUCCAUGAGGGUGGCCUCCAUGCGCGGGGCGGCAGACAUGGGGGGCGCCCUGGUGGCCCGUGUCGCGACCUUCCUCAGGACACAAUACAAGAACCUCACGUCCAGUCCCCUGGUGCUGCCCUGGUGCCCCGCCUUCAGAAUGGACGUGAGUGACUUCGACACGAGCCUGGUGCAGGUGCCCCUCGCGCCCCACCUCAAGGUUCCCCCGGGUCUCCUCAGCCUGCCUGCCAUCCUGCAGUCCCACCAGCUGUCGUUUAAUGAAUCCACGGUGGAGGAUCGGCCCAAGCGGGUGCUGGUGGAGGGCGACCCGGGUUACGGCAAGUCGACUCUCGCACUCAAGUUGGCUUACGACUGGGCAGCAGAUCCCACUGGCUCCUACUUGUCAUCCUACAGCCUGGUGUUCGUGGUGACUUUAAGGGACUUCCGGGGUGGGUCGCUCUACUCCCACUUGUGCAAGGAGGUGCUGCCCCGCCACAUCCUCAGCAAGGAGGCCAUGAACACCCUGUGGAACCACCUCAAGAAGAUUGAAGAGAAGGUCUUGUUCCUGCUGGUGGGAUAUGAUGAGCUCAGUGAGGAGGAAAGUGGGGACAUCACGGAGCUCAUUGAUGGACAGAUGCUUCCCAAUGCAACCGUGGUACUCACCUCCCGGCCAGGCAGCUUCAAGCCAAUGCCGGCACUCCUACACCGCCGCCUCCUCAUUGCUGGCCUUGCACCAGAACAAACCCACCAGUUCAUCACCAAGUACUUCCAGGCCAUCAACAAACCUGGCAGUACUUCUGAGGUCAUGUCCUUGGUCACAGCGAGUCGAGAGAAGUAUGGUGAUCUGGUAACCUGCCCUAUUAUGUGCUUGGCAUUGGGGGUGCUGUAUGAGGAUCUUGGGGGGAAGCUGCCCUCGCGCCUCACCGACAUGUACAUGGCCCUGGUGAAGCACAUGAUACGCAAGAACUUACUGCGGCGCGGAGAACCGAUGUGCUAUGAUGUGCUGCCUGACAAAUACAACAAGCUUCUUUCUGACUUUGGUAAGCUGGCUCUGGAGGCGCUGAAGUGCAACACACCUUACUUCACGGGCCAGGACCUCAAGACGCGCUGUCAACAUGGGGGUGAGGUGGUGGAGCUUGGUAUCCUCCUUAAGAUGCACUCCAUGUCCAAACUGAGCAAGAAGGACCACUACACACCAAUCCACAAGUCCUUCCUGGAGUUUCUUGCAGCAUUCUACCUUUCUGGCCUCAUCCACGACCCCUCGCUGCUUCAGGUGGAGAUCGACAGCAUAGCAGAAAAACUUGACAUUACUCAGCCUGUCCUUAGACAAAACUCGGGUCUGAUGAUGCUGCGUUAUCUGGUGGGUCUGCUCGGCCGCAACUCUCACAUCAUCUUCAACAUUGUGUCUCAGAUGGGUGUGCCACAGCGCAUCCUGUUCCUCCUCCUGAAAGAGAGUGGCAUUUACCAGAUGAAUGUAUUGGAGGAGCGUGCAACAGGCAUGUACCAGAAGAAUGUUGUGGAGGUGUGCAAACACGUAUCAGGGAGAGAACAUGUGGUGAUACAAACCAACUCCCCUGAGCUGGAGGACUGGGGGAGACUCCUUUACUCUCCGGACUGUCUGCUGGAAGGGGUGGAGGUCCUGCUGGAUUUUGAUGGCACCUCCAGGGAUCGACAAGAGUCCUUCUUCACCUCCAUGUCCUUCAAUGAAAGUGUCAAGAGCGUGAAGCUGACCUGUGUUGUGGGCGGGGAGUUUGGUGUGUCUGAGGUCACACGGUUGGUGUCCUACGUGCGGGCGAUACUCACCAAGAGGCGGCUGGAGUCCUUUGAGAUCCAGGUGACGUCCCUGGAGGAGGCCACCACCGAGAUCCUGAGUCCAGUGGUGGAAAUGAUCUGCGACACACUGCCUGAGUUGGCCCAGUCCCUCAACAAGUUGGUGGUGGCACUGGAGCUUGACGGACAGCAGGUGAUGCAGCUAUGUGAAGUGCUGCAGGAGGCACCUCAUGUGAGGGUGCUACACCUGCCUCACCUAGCCUGUGGGCUGGAGGGGCUGCAGGCUGUGGCACGCCUCGUGGAGACCAAUCCUCUCAUGUCCCUCAACCUGGCGGGCUCCCUCAGCUCUGGCACUCCGGUGGAGGAGCGUUGCACAGGGACGGGGGCCAGCACUCCCUCCCCAACCCGUGAAGACCCAGCUCCAGCCCCUCUCUCCUUCUGGAAUUUCACUGAUGCACAGGGCAACACCCGCUCUGUCUUCAAUUCUCUGCCACGCUCCUUCUACCAGUCACUGCCCCGGAGAGGAAGGCUGCACUCCAUUUCGGCAGAUAAACGCAACUCAGAUUCAACCCUACUCCAGCGCACCUCCUUCCCGCCACCCACCUGCAGCCCCUCUAUUCACGCCAAUGGCUUCCAUGAGAUCUUCUCGGCAUUCCGCAACCCUGUGUCGCGUGUGUGUCACCUUAACAUCAGUAAAUGCACACUUGGGGCAGAGGACUUGGUGUGCUUGGGGGAAACGGUACGCUUCACCCGCUGCCUCUCUUCCCUCAGAAUGGAAGGGCUGUCCAGGAUGGCAGAAAUUAUCCCUGUCCUCAUUGCCCUCCAGGAGAACACCAGUCUGCAGCUCCUGGACCUCACCUCUCCUCAUAUCCUGCUGGGAGAUGCUGCUUUACAGGUUACCCUCACUGCCCUGGCCAAGAACAAAUCACUGAGGUUCCUAGUCCUCAAUGGCUGGACUAUACAAGUUGAGAGUGAGCGGUCUGUACGAGAGGUGACACAGUUCCUGGCAGUGACUGAGCUGCAGCACAUUGACCUUGGGAGCUGCAGGGUGAUGGUGACAGUUCAUGAAGGGGUGCUAGCUCGGCUCUCCCGCCAGGAUGAUCUCCUCUCAGCACUGCAGGAAGGUGUUCCACCACUGCACAAUAACACCCUGGCAUUUCUCAACCUAGAUAACUUUGAAGUGACCCUCAACAACAAGGUGGUGUUGCGAGGCCCACAGCUUCUGUUUCUGUUGCGUCACUUCCCCAAGCUGGUGGAUGUGUCGCUUGCCUCUAGUCUUGGCUCUGAUGUUAUAGAUGACACCACCACUCAUCGCCUCUUCUCCCUCAUGUCCAGCACCUUCCCAUUCCUGCGCCGCCUAACACUGUCGGGCUGGGUGUUCUCUCUUGACAACUGUGACAAGGUGAUGAGAGCAGCAGGGAAGCACCUGCGUGGCAGUCAGCUACGUGAGGUGUUCCUGAGUGGUGUUGAGGUAAGGGAGUCAAGUGGGACACCUGGGCUGGAGCACUCACUGCUUGCUGCCCUCACUACAAAUCUGCACCACCUCACCCUCCUCUCCCUGGCUAACCUCAAGCUGUCCCCCACCCAGGCUGCUGUGUUUGGCAAGACGAUGCGGGACAAAAUGGCUUCAUCAACUUUGGAGAUUGAGACUCGUGGGCUUGGCUACCCAGCAGUCAAAGCAAUGCGUCAAGCACUCACUGAUGGCGGCCGCUACGAGCUAGAGUUCCUCGGGGGUCCCUCCAGCACUUACAAGGUGAAGAAGAUUGACCGUCGUGAGAAGCUGAUUGGGAAAUGGGCAUGUAUCUCUACCCUGGACCGCCUCACUGACCUGUGAAGGAUGACAAGCAGUGUGGUUGGUGUGCAGAGCCACUGCCGGACACUCAUGGAAGUACGGCCCCUCCCCUGGGAACAUGCAGGGCCACCAGAAGCCUCAGGCAGUGUUGGAAGACUCAUUUCAGAAUCUCAAGAGCUAUGGAGAGAUUUGGUUCCCGUGCUGUGUUUGGGUGUUGAAGAUAUAUUCUGGUGUUCAGCUGUCGCUGUUCCCAAAAUGUACCCAUGCACUGUGAUGUAGUAACCCGGAGGUCUUACGAGUGUGAUAUAGCAUUAAUUAUGUGCGUCUUGUUUGUGCCUGUGUGUGUGUGUGUGUGUGUGUGUGUGUGUGUGUGUGUGUGUGUGUGUGUGUGUGUGUGUGUGUGUGUGUGUGUGUGUAUGCACAUGCCAUAAUGGAAGCAAUAAUCGGAGGAUAACAGACCCAGAUGUUAUGUGGCAUGGCAUUAUUGGUGCUGUGCUGAGGCACCCUCCAGGAAAUAUUUAUUUGAAACAAAGUUGAGGUGUUCUCUGGAUAUCAUAUGAAGACACAAUUUCUUACAUUUUAAGUAGACAAAAGGCAACAUUGAAGGACAGAAUAUGCAAUGAUGCUUCCCAGUUUGUGCCAAAUCCAACAGAUGCAUUUAUUUCAACCCUCUCUCCCAUUCUGGCACAAGAGGUAGCAGGACGUGAACCCCACACAUGGUAGUUACCCCUCAUUCCCAUUGUGCUGGGAAGAGCGAGUUAUAUACAGGUUUAGUUGGGCAGUGAGGUGCCAUGUGACCGUCAGUGAAAAUAGCCGAUACAGUGACAACAAUAAUAAGAGCUUCCUCUUGGCCAGCCAGGUGCUCUACAGAUCUCCUUGUGCUUCCUAUCAGGGCUUUGCCUUAUUUUCAGAGACACUCAUAACUGAAGGGUGGAGAAGCCUUGGUGCUUCCUUUGCUGGCAGACAAAUGGAUAGAGCAUUAAGUUAUGUUUGACUGGUGAUGUGUAUGGUUAACUUUGUUGGUUUGGCUUUUGAAGUAUUGAAGAAUAGGACUUCAUAUAAAUUGAAAAGAUUGGCUUGUAACAAUUAAGAACAAGUACAAACAUUUGAGAGUAAUUCAUGUAAAAUGAGACGGUAGAGGUUGAGUUCGUGAGGAGCAGACAAAAGAAGUAUUGUACUGAAGUGAACUGAAAAUGGUUUCACUGAAGUAGGAAUAAUUUAUUUAUUGAAGAGUUGAAGGUUAAUCGGAUGGGGUGGGAAGGGUUGUUUACAAGGUUUGUGAGUGUAUAAACUUACCAUGGUAGAGUGGAAUUACAAAAGUGUUUAUUUAGUUGCAGUCAUUCCUAGACAGCAAGCCAGCCGGAUGUGGCUUGUGUGAGUAAUUCAUGCUGGAGACAAAGGCUGGAGGGACUGAUGGUAUGUAGUAGUACACUAGAAAAAAUCCUUGAAGUUUAAUUCUGGGAUAAUGAUAUGAUUGUUAGGAAGUUGCCAUUUUUAUUGUAUAUAAUUUUUGUUAGUGUGCAGAAGCCAUUCAUGUAUGUAUCCAUCUCAUUCUUUUAGUGAGGUGAUAGACAAGUCACAGUAAUAACACGAUGUACCUGGUCAAUUGUCAGGUGUACCCCACCCUCCCUUGCAUGCCCCACCAAGCCAGGCCAUCACCCCCACCCUGACGCACCAUGCAACACUCAACACCAACCAAAACACUGUCUCUUUGGUAGAUAUGUAUAUCCACUCCUAUACACAGCAUCCUUCACUAUAGUGUUUAGUGGCAUUCCAUGUGUGUUGACAAACUUACCACUUUGCCUUCUGCAUAACUCAAUGUGCACUCAAAACACAGUGAGUUGGUUCAUGUCUCUUUUGAUGUAUUUUUAUUAUAGAAAUUUCAUGAAUCACUAGACAAAGUGUUGUAGCUAAAUGUUAAUGUUUUAUUUCAUUUCAUUGUCAUAAUAAUGUUACUUUUUUUUAUGGUAGAGAAAGUUUGCAUAGUCCAGAAUUGAUUCACUCUAGACAGUGGGAGGUUGUUUCGUAUUUAUCAGUCAGUUUGUGUGAUCACUACACCACACUUGGGGAAGGAAAGCACUCGACCCUGCAUACGUACCUACACCCUCUUGACUCUUAUUGCUGAUAAUUUUUUUUUUCUUUCAUAGUUACCAUUGUGUGACUACUACUACUACUACUACUACUACUACUACUACUACUACUACUACUACUACUACUACUACUACUACUACUACUACUACUACAGGUUAUAUGUUCCUGAAAAUGCAAUCAUAGAGCAAAUAUUCAUUUAACAAACUUAAGAUUGAAUACAAAAAAUUAGGAAUGCAUUCCAAGACAUUCCAAGGUACAUGUAUGUGAUUUGUGUGUCCCCUAAAGCCCAUAAAAACCAUGAAAUAUAUUUAGAUAGAGUUGCUGACUAGAGUAAUAAAAGAUGUUAUAUAAAUAAACUCAUUACAAGAAUGAAUCAGUAAUAUAAAACGAACAAGAAUCAUUUUAGUAAUUAGUCUCACAGUAAUGUGGAGUCCAUACAUAUGUUUCCCCUGAGGCUGGAGGACUCCUUUGAAACUAAGGGACAUUGUGACUGUGUAUGAUUUCAUUCUCUUUAUUAUUAUUAUUAUUAUUAUUAUUAUUAUUAUUAUUGUUAUUAUUAUUACUGUUGCUAUUGUUAUUACUAUUGUCAUUAUUACCAUCUUAAUUACUAUGACAAAUGCAGCUAUACUUGCCUGCAAAGUGAGUGCGCAAUCCAGCUAUCAUAAAAACAAAGGAUAAUCAGUCGUACAACAGGCAAGAGGAACAGAGAAAAACAUUUGUAAAAGUGAAACGUAUUGCAUAACGGUGAAACGUACGGUGGGGAGUACCUAUAUAACUGCUGCUGCUGCUGCUACUACUACCACUACUACUGCUACUGCUACUGCUACUACUACUACUACUACUACUACUACUACUACUGCUACUACUACUACUACUGCUACUACUGCUACUACUACUGCUACUGCUACUGCUACUACUACUACUACUACUACUACUACUUCAUUACCACCACCACUGCCACCACCGACAUCAACCAUUCCCACCCCACCACCACCACCACCAUUCAGACCUAGAGGCAGAGGAUAAAGCAGUGUGAGGCACAAACCAGGACAAUCAUGGUGCACAGCAUUUCUUUAAUUGAGAGAGUGUCUGGUGGUCUCUUUAGUUCACAAAUUUCCAUUAAUAUAUAUUGGCUUCCAAGUCUCUACUGCCAAGUACAGAAUUACAUAGUUUGGGAUCAGGACUGAAAUUCAUGUGGACUUCAAACUUGCUACUACAAUCAAUACACUCCUCUUGAUAUGCAUGACAACCACCAAGCUUCCGUCACAGCCACUCUGCCUCUGUGCUACACCUCAGCUCACUUGUGCCACUGUCUCUUGUCAGGUGGCCCUUUCAGGGAAAGAAAAGUACCUGACUCACUUUUUUAUGCAUCUUUUAUACUACCAAUCUCAAGUAUUUGUGUGUGAUGGUGGUGGCGACAUGUAUCUGUGUGUGCAUGUCCCUAAGUCAUUCAGGGAGUGCAAUGCCUCACAACUGAGGGAGAGUUUGUUGCAUGACUUUCUAAAGCAAGUCUGGGAUGAAAAAUUCCCAUAGCCAAAAGUGCUCUGAAAAUGCAUAUGUAUUGUUGCAUGUGAUUAACAAAAUCCUCAUAGGCUUUACUCCAUUUACAUAGAUUUUUCCAUAGACUCACCAUUAGAAUAAUAUUAUGAAUGAUUUCCAAUUUACACAUGUAGUAUGUGUCUUGGAAAGUGUUUUAUAAUCACCAGAACUCUGUAGGUGAGUUUGUGAACACCACUUUCCCUCUGGCCUCAAGAUACAAGAUUUUUAAUAUGUAUUUUUUCAGGUUUUAUCCUUUGUCCUCAUCUUCCUUAUUCAUUCCCUCAGUGACCUGUGAAGUGCCUAACCAGGAUCUCAGCAGGUCUGACCUGUGGCUAGGUUACCAGAGGUCAUGAUAGUGGAACAGUUCCCUCCCUCUUUCCUCCCUUCCUUGGCUAGACUAAUGAAAGAGUUGGCAACAUGUAUAUAGAAGCAGUGUUAUGGCAGUUAUUGGGUAGUGGUGAGAGUCAAGCUAUAGGUCACCCAUCAGUGUGAGUGAAGACAAACUGUUGUGCACAUGUUGCAACCACCUGUGUUGCCGGUGCUGCAGCACACCAGCUAUGUUGGGGUUAGUGUCUUGUAAAUGUCUUGUUGGAAAAAAAAGUUGAUUUGACCUUGUUGACAUUGAUAGUAUUUUACAUCCCAAUAGUUCAUGUUGAUGUUAUAUAUAUAUAUAUAUAUAUAUAUAUAUAUAUAUAUAUAUAUAUAUAUAUAUAUAUAUAUAUAUAUAUAUAUAUAUUAUAAAGAUAUUUAUGAUACCAGAAUAAUCUUCGUUAUAUCUAGCAGAGGCAUCUCUACCUAUGUUAGUGCAUAUUCAACCCUAUGCAUUAUUUUAUUUACAUAUAUUGUAUAUUUUUAUUCUCUUAUCCACUUGUUAUCCAAGAUCCAUCAGAUUAUUAUGCUGUAUCAGUUGAAGGAUCCCAGAUGAUUAAUAUUGUUUUGCUAGUCACCUCUAUACAGUGGGCACUGAAGGGGAGGGUGUGACCACGCAGUGCUGUGUGCUGCGUGUGUGUGUAAUUGCUGUACAAGAUUGCACCCAAACAGCUGAUACUUUUCGUUACAUAUAUGUACAUUCAGUUGACCAUUAAGACUAGGUAUGCAGCAUUAUCAUUUGUACAGAUGUUUCCUUGAAGCAUACAAUUAUGAAUACUUAUGUAUAGGUACCUUUUUAUCCAUUAUUAUGUACAGGUGUAUCCUUCCCUUUCAUGUAUACUUUACAUUUUGUACAUUUUCAACUCCUCCCCCGUCUCCUUUUGCUGAUCUUGGUGUGCACAGACUGGUGCCCAGUGUGUCCAGAUACAGGUGCACUCACUUUGCUGUGGUACACCUGCAUCAUGAUGUGCACACAAUUGUUCAGUUGUGCUCAUAGCAAGUCAUUGGUGCAUAGUCACUUCAAGGUGUACACAAGCAUUAGUGUACAUGCCCCUCAGUAUUGACAGGUUGUGCUUCCCAGCAAGCAACGUGAUCGGAAUAAAUGUGAAAAACUGUU